AUGGGGAGCCCCAGAGGCAGUCUCUGCCGGUGGACACGAGGCAGGACUCCAACUCCCUUCAGACCCCGGGACACUGUCCCUUCUACGCACGCGCGGACCAAGAAGGCGACGCACGCCUGCCACCUGCUGAUGCACCUGGAGAAUGACGUUCCCUUUGCAGGCAGGGAAACAGUCCCCUGCGUGCACAGGAAGAAAAACUACGACUCCCAGAAGCCAUCGCGCAGCCAGGCCGCGCCCUCUACAGGGGAGAAACUACAUUUCCCAGGACUCUUCGCUCUGCAGGGAUCCGCGUCCUCCAGCGGCGCAGGCGGCGGGCCAGGACUGUGUGCCCGCCCGGACAUGGCUUCCUUGGUUCGUCUGUUGGGCGCCUGUGGCAAGUCGAUGACAUUGCUGGGUGGCAGGUCUCUGCAGCCCGGAGCCCUGCUGGGGCUCCCCGACGCCGGAAGGUGCCCCUGGAUGCAGCCGGUGCGGGGUAGGACGCGCGGGAACGAGUACCAGCCAAGCAACAUCAAACGCAAGCACAAACACGGCUGGGUCCGGCGGCUGAGCACGCCCGCUGGUGUGCAGGUGAUCCUGCGGCGCAUGCUCAAGGGUCGGAAGUCGCUGAGCCACUGAGGACCGCUGGGCUGGAGAGCAGCGGAGCCCUAAGCUGCUGUGACACCCCGACAGUGCCAUCCUUUUGGAGUCGUAAGAAUUUGGAACGCGGGCGGUGAUCCACAGAACACCGCGGGUAACACAGUUCAGACCCGGCCACCCGACCUGCUCGCUGUUGAAGUUGACCCACCAGCCCUGGGUUCUCAUCUGUCAAAGCCCCAGAAUGUCUUCAGUACAAGAUAACUGCUUAUUAAAACAAAACAAAACAAACAAAACAAAAAAAAUAAACGUAAAAAAACUUUUCACAAACCUUAGGGGGACAAAAAGAGACUCAACCGUCUUUAGUAUCUUUCAAUGUAGAAUAAAUCCAGGCUUUGGCUGGUGCACGUGCUAAUUUACGCUGGCCGGGGAAAGUGGGCAGUAGGGGCAGA